UCUCUCUCUAGCAAUGUGAUUGGAGGAACUGACAUCUCUAGGACUUUUGGUCCAAAGGUUGAAAACUGGACGUUUUUUCCGAAACAAUGAACGUUAAAACAGUCACGGGAUAAAUUUUGGAAGCACUCUUUCUAUAUAUUUGGUUCUUCUCUCAUUUCCCCUUUUUUGCUCUUUGUACUACACCCAAAAGUCACGAAACCCUAGAAGAAUUUCUCUGAAUCCUCCUCUCUGUAAAUCUUUCUCCGUUCAACUACAAAAAGGAUCUCAAUGGAGUAUUUCGAUCUACUACCCGAAGAUAUUACAUUAGACAUCAUCAGUCGAGUUCCAACCGAGUCGGUUCUCGAAUGCAAAUUGGUUUCCAAAACUUGGAGAAGACUUAUUGGUCGUCCAUCAUUCUCCAAGAAGCAUGUAUAUUAUCUUAAUCAUCCUGCGGCUAAUUCCGGUAAUUCGGGUUUCAUUGUUUUUACUCUUUUUGGUACAAAUUUCCGGUAUUUUGAAUAUAAUGAGAAUCAAGAAUCAACACCCAUUGAGAGAAUUAGACGAAUGAAAUUCAGCUCUCCGUUUCAUGGGCGUGCUAUCUGUCUUGGGUCGUGUAACGGUUUGAUCUGUGUUUAUGAAAUCAGUUGUUUUGAUGGGAAAUCUUAUAUUUGUAAUCCCAUCACCAGAGAGUAUAUUAUGAUUCCAGAAAUUAAGAGAGUUAGAAUAAAUCAUGAGGCGAGUGGAUUUGGUUAUGUUUCUUCAACCAACCAGUACAAACUCGUAACAAUAAUCUCCGAGCCCGGGUGUAUACAAGUUUACAUAUACACUCUAGGGAGAGGAAAUGAACGUAGAAACCUUGGAAAGUUUAAAGUUGAAACUGGUGCGUGUUGGCAAGAUGGAACAUUUGUCAAUGCAGCUCUUUAUUGGUGGGACUAUCAAAUACAAUCCAUCUUUACCUUCAAUUUGGCUUCGGAAAAUUUUUGUGAACAGCUUUCACCACCUCCUUUGUCAGACAGUGAUUUUGGAGCUUAUUGUAAACUAGGGGUUUUGGAUGGGUGUUUGUCAUUUGCUAAUGAUAAACAUGUCAAUGGAGCUGAUUGUUUGGACGUGUGGCUAUUGAGAAAGAAGAAUGAGAAUCAGGGUAUGGAAGAGCAAGCGGGACAUCAGUCAUUGGAUUGGAUUGAAGCUUUUAUGGUUUAUGGCCCCAAUAUGUUUGCUGCUAUGAAUGAUAUGUUUGCUGUUACGAAGAAUAACACUGUCUUAACUUACAGUCGUUUUCAUAGACAUAUCAACAUUCACGACUUAGAAGCUUCAAGCUCAAAAACGAUUGUGGAUCUUGAAGAAGGUUUUACUCAAAUAUUUUCUCACAAGAACACCUUAGUUUCGUUGAAAGAAUUAGGGGGAGAAGAUACAAAUACAAUCGAGUCAGUUGAAAUUGAAAUUAGCCUUUCAACCAGCUGUUUAAUGGAGUCAGUUAAAAUUGAGGAGACAGAAUAGCAAUGAUCAGCCUCUCAAUGAUUAGACCCUGGAUACCUACUUUUAAACUGAUGCAGCGACCACCAUAAAAAGAAAUGGUUGCAUCACCAGAGAAACUAAGAUGAGAAUGUUAAAAACAUUUGAUAAUUGUGAUGGGUAAAUCUAGAAUUAUCUAGAUAGCUAACUAUAACUCCCAUGGGCUUAUCUCAAUGCAUAGGCCCAGUCUAGAGAUAUCUAGACUCUUCUAAGAUAAAAAGAGUGCAAGCCCAUUCUAGAGUCUUCUAAGACAUUUUCCAUCAUGUGUAUCUAGAGAAUUCUUUCUCUAGAAUGAUCUAGGUCAAUUAGCUCUAGAGAUUUCCAAGUCUAGAGUAUUCUUAGUAGUUGGUCAUGAAGUAGUAUAAAUAGAAGCAAAUGUUGGCCUUUGUGGUCAUCAAAAAACUCAAGUGAGUGAGUAAGUAGUAAGAG